CAUCCGUGCACCCAGCAUCCAUCCAUCCCCACGCCCACCGUCCUUCCAUUCAUCCAUCCAUCCCCACGCCCACCAUCCGUCUGUCCAUUCACCCACAAAGCCAGGCUGCCAGACAUCUCCAUGGGCUCCCUCUCUGCCCUCUCCAGCAGCUCCUGCCCAUCCCGGUUCUCCUGGACGCCCCCACCGCUUCCGUCUCUUCCAGGGCCCAGCCAUGGCCACGUUCCCCCGCCAGGAGUUCUACCAGCAGCUGCUGCAGGGCUGCAUGGUCCCCACGGCCCAGCAGGGGCUGGAGCAGAUCUGGCUGCUGCUGUUCCUCUGCCUGGCCUGCCGGCUGCUCUGGAGGCUGCCUCUGCCGGGCUACGCCAAGCACCUCAGCACGGUGGGAGGCGGGUUCUUCGCCCUGCACCACUUCUUCCAGCUGCAGAUGGUCUGGGUGGUGCUGCUGAGCCUGCUGUGCUACCUGGUGCUGUUCCUGUGCCGUCACUCGGCCCACCGGGGCGUCUUCCUCUCCAUCACCAUCCUCAUCUACCUCCUCAUGGGGGAGAUGCACAUGGUGGACACUGUGACGUGGCAUAAAAUGAGAGGUGAGACUCUGGCCUGGGGCACGGGGCCUUUCCCCUCUAGAGGGCACCAGCUCCAUCGGGCCCCAGGGCGGGGGGGAGUGGGGGCUAGGGUCAGGUGGCUCCGGGCCUACGAGAGCGCCGUCUCCCGCGAGGCCCCGGCCACGCUGGCUGGGGCGGGGUUCACCGAGGAGAAGGACAACCUCAAAUGGGACCUCACAGUGUCCCGCCCCUUGAAUGUUGAGCUGCCCCGGUCGAUGGUGGAGGUCGUCACCAGCUGGAACCUGCCCAUGUCCAGUUGGCUCAACUCCUAUGUCUUUAAGAACAGUCUCCAGCUGGGGACCUUCUCGGCUGUCAUUGUCACGUACGCCGCCAGCGCCCUCCUGCAUGGUCUCAGCUUCCACCUGGCUGCUGUGCUGCUGUCUCUGGGAUUCAUCACCUACGUGGAGCAUGUUCUACGGAAGCGCCUCUCCGCCAUCUUAGACGCCUGCAUCCUCUCCAAGCGCUGCCCACCCGGCUGUUCCCAUCGCCAUAACACGAAUCUCUGGGUCCGGCUGCUGAAACUGACUCACCUGGCCUACCUGGGCUCGCUCUUCGACAUCGACGCCGAUGACACCCUAGAGGAACAGGGCUACGGCAUGUCCUACACAGUCUAUAAGUGGUCGGAGUUGAGCUGGGCCAGCCACUGGGUCACUUUUGGCUGCUGGGUCUUCUACCGUCUCAUCGGCUGAGCUGGGUCGGGCCACACAGAUGCCUGUGUGUGUGUGUGUCCUGGUGGGAGCUGACUGUGUCCCCCCAACCCCUACUGAGACCAUCGGACACAACCUCAGCUGGAUCAGAGCUGGCAAACUUCAGCUGGUGCAUCUGACACCAGGGCGGAGGCAGGAGGGGUUGGGCAUCAGGGACUGGGUGGGGGGAACCACAGUCCCUAUCCCCUACCUAGUGGCCCACCUUUCUCCCCUCCCUGCAGUGGAAUGAACUGGAUGACCAAGAACUUUGUGAUGGUGGGAGAAAUGGGAUCCAGACCCAUCUUAUAUUAUAGGUGCAAAGAGUGGGAACAGACACCAUAGAGACUGACCUCUUACUGCAUCCUCCCUCCUCUAUAAUACGUCCUCGUCCUCUCUAGGAAUUGGAGGACCAAGAUCUCUAUGGUCAGUUUGGAUCCCACUUCUCCCACCAUGUUGUAGGAGCUGGGUGAAAGAACAAACACCAUGGAGAAUGACUUCUGUCUCUGCAUCUGUUCCCCUGCCUGCCACACGCACACCAUGCCCUUGUCCUCUCUAGGAAUUGGAGGACUGAGAUCUCUCUGGUUGAUUCAGCUCCCACCCAUGCUGUUUCAGCAGAGAGAAAGGGCAUACCCCAACCCCUGGCCAGAACUCUUCCCCAUGCAACAUCCCCCCUAGAGCCUGCAAGACCAGGAACUCUGUGAGUUUGUAUGGCCAGAGUCACAGCACGCUGCUACCCCAAUUGACCCUGCUCCCCACCGGCUCCCAAACCUGCCACGGGUGGGGGACAGGAAAGUACUGUACUUAGCUUUGGAAAAGGGUUGUUGGGUUUUUUUAAAAAAUUGGAUUUACCUGUGAAAUAAAUCAUAAAACCGUA